AUGUCCUCGAGACGGGCAAAUCGUACCAACAUGUGGGCAGCCAGAUUCGUGCUGCGUGACAUGGCCAAUGUGGAGAGUCGGUUCACUCAGAGCAGGCUUGCGGGCUUGCGGCGGCCGGGGCGUCGGGCGGUGGGCAGGGCAGGCGCCACGCGCCAGGCGGGGCGUCGGGCGGCCAGGUGGGUAGGCGCUGCGGCUGCGACGGGCGGCGGGGCGUCGGGCGGCCGCGACUCGCGAGCACGGCUGGCGCCUAGCGGGCGCUGCGGCCAGGAGCGUGUCGGGCAGCGGCGGGGAGGCGGACGGGAGGGCGCGCCUGCCGGGAGCGCGGCGGCCGGGAGCGCGGCGGGCGGGCGAGCCUGCGGCGGGCGGGCGGGCGGGCGAGCCUGCGGCGGGCGGGCGGCCGUGAGCGCGCCGCGGUGGGCGAGCCUGCGGAGGGCGGGCGCGGCGCAGGCGGCCGGGAGCGCGGCGGGCGGGCGAGCCUGCGGCGGGCGGGCGGCCGUGAGCGCGCCGCGGUGGGUGAGCCUGCGGCGGGCGGGCGCGGCGCCGGCGGCCGGGAGCGCGGCGGGCACCGGCAGGCUGCCGUGA